ACCGCGGGGCGGGGCCAGGCCAGUGGAGCUGGAUUCACUGCAAUCGAUUAGAGCUGCCCGGGUGGCCGAGGGCGCGCAGAGGCCCGGUCGCGAGCUGCCAGACCAUGCUGAGCAGAGUGUGCGGCCGGCUCGCAUCAGCGCUGCGAGGGACACGCGCGCCGCCGUCCGCGGUCGCCCUGAGGUGUCUGCACGCGUCCAGCUCGCGGCCGUCCACAGAUAAGAGCGAGAGGACGGAGAAACCGCCCCGCGCCUUCGACCAGGCCUUGUUGGAGUUUCUGGUGUGUCCGCUCUCUAAGAAGCCGCUCAGAUAUGAAGCAUCGACAAAUGAAUUGAUUAAUGAAGAGUUAGGCAUAGCCUAUCCAAUUAUUGAUGGGAUUCCUAAUAUGAUACCACAGGCAGCUAGGAUGACACAUCAAAAUAAGAAGCAAGAAGAAGUGGAGCAGCACUAGAUCAUACUUAAAAACAGCACACACAACUAAAUAGUCUAAAUACCACCUACCUUGUAAAAAGUCAGAGUGGCGGG